AUGUCGAAGACAACGCUACUUGUCAUAGCAGCCGCCUCGGCGGCGACAGGUGCUUCUGUCACCGCUCUCUUCUCCAAACCGCCCAAGAAUACCGCUCCCACUGCACCUUCGGCCACCCUCAAGGAGGUUCCAUCCCCGGUUGCUCCAGUCCCCACGCCUGUCCCUGUCCCGGUUCAACUCCCUGUCUCUGCUGCCGUUCAUCCUUCAUCAUCUUUGAUCUCACCGGUUGAUCCCUCCGGAAUUUUGAGAUAUGGCUUCCCGGGUCCGGUGACUGAUACCCUCACAACUCCUUCUCAUCUUUCUUCAUUCAACCGAGCCACCCGCAAUCCUCACUGGGUUGCUGAACAUUUCACCCCACAGUCUCUACUACUGAAAAAUGCCGACAGGAGACAUAGUGUUUUCUACGAAGAUCUGUCUGUCCCUCCGAUUUUUCGAGCAAAGCUCUCAGACUAUGCAAGAAGUGGCUAUGAUCGAGGUCACCAAGUUCCCGCAGCCGAUGCCAAAUGGUCUCAAGAAGCCAUGGACUCGACCUUUGUGUUGAGCAACAUGUGCCCCCAGGUUGGUGAGGGUUUUAACCGGGAUUACUGGGCACAUUUUGAAGAUUUCUGUCGCAAUCUGGCCAAGAGAUAUCCCAGUGUUAGGGUUGUCACAGGUCCUUUGUAUCUCCCAAAAAGAGAUGAGAGAGAUGGUAAAUGGCGUGUCUCAUACGAGGUCAUUGGAAAUCCCCCAAACGUCGCCGUGCCAACCCAUUUCUACAAGAUCAUCUACGCCGAGGAAGGACAGAGCAGUCCAAUAGAGAAGGUUGCUCUUGGGGCUUUUGUUCUACCCAACGCUGAAAUUCCAAAUGGGAAAAGUCUGGCAGAAUUUGAAGUUCCUCUGGAAGCCGUAGAGAGGGCAAGCGGUCUCACAUUUGCAGACAAGCUUCCAAUUGAGAGGAGGAAACGACUUUGUGGUGAAAUAAAAUGUGAGAUCAUGGUUCGUGAAUUUGAUAAAGCUCGCCAGCAGUCAAACAGGACCAUGCAAGACCCGAGAACGCCACAGCAACUCCCACCGCCACCAAUUUCGAGGUGGUGA